GGAGAGUCCGAAACCGCAGGCAGCGCCGCGCUGCGAGCAGCUCCCGCCGCCCGCGCCGCCCUCACCCCGCUGCCGCUCCUGCCCCGGCUGCCGGCGGGAGGGCACCGCCGCCGCGCACAACCCCGCCGCCCACCGCGGCGGUACGGAGCCUGGCAUGGCGCGGCGCGGCCGCUUCCAGCGCUUCUUCGGCUUCAGCGAGUCGGAGGACUCGGAGCCCGAAGGGGCGGCCGCCCCUCCACGCCGCUGCCCCUCCGCCGCCGCGCCCAAGAGGCGCUCCGCGUUCCCCCACUGGCGCCCGAAGAAGAAGGAGCAGCACCCCCGUGGGGGCGGCUGCGGUGCCCCUGCCGCUCGGACCCCGCCCGCCUCACCCCCCGGCUCUCCGGACCCGCGGUACUAUGAUAUCUCAGGCAGACACUGUACUGUUCAAGAAAACCAAAUACCAGCAGUAAUCUGUCCACACGCUUAUGUUAUUCCAGCGAUAUCAAUGUCUACUGCCUCAUUACCAGCAGCACUUAGAAAGUCCACCUCACAAUUUCCAGAUUCUUCCAGAGAAGAGAAUAAAAAGAAACCAGUUUUGGAAAGACUUGGAAAUUUUUUUGGUACAGGGAAAAGGAAAACUGUCAAAAGUUCACUAGAACGCACUUCUCGUGAGAAAAGGGAGAGGUCGAUUUCACCUCACAGAGUGCAGCCGGUAUACUGUAGGCACCUAAAGGAUGUAUGUGAAGCUCCUCAAGUACAGAAGCAAGUGAGAAACGUGAGUGCUGUUUCUGAGACACAGGAAUAUAAUUUCAGGAGGGAAGCGGGACUGCCGUAUCACGAUACCGUUUCAGAAUGGAGUAGUAGGGGAGCCUCUUCUGACAGUGGGUGGUCAGCAGAUUGGAGUGGCAGCAGUGAAACCAUUAAAAACGCUUUCUGUGAGGGUAACCUAAAUGUGGAAACCCCAGAACUGGAGACUCAAGAAUCUGUCACAGAUAUAAAUAAUUCCACAACUCCGGAUUUCAUUAAAAGCCUGAGAAAUUUGUCUAGUGAAGACUUAGAAAAGAGUAUCUUAAGCCACAAGGAGCUCGUGAACACGUGGGUGUCUGAGGAGCCUGGGCAUGCAAAACCAAAGGAUUUGCCAUACGACUUGGAAUCUGCGACGAGUGAACACACGCAUUCUGCUAGAGUGUUAACAGUUGAUAUCUAUCUAAGAAAAACAGAUGAACUCCUUAAUGAACCUGUAACUGUUACAUCAGAAGAAAAUUGUAGUGACUCGGACACAAUGGAUAAAAAAGCUGCUAAUAAAAGAUCUGGAAAAAGGAGAAAAUCUCAGUCAUCUAGUGACAUUCCAAACGGAGAGAGAAACCAGACUGACACUACUGCAAGAGAAGAGUCUGUUUUUGAGGAUGAUGUCCCUUCCGAGGUGUUUUCAGACAAGAUAAUAAACUCAGAAAGAAAAGCGAAGUCUGCGCAACAGACUCCUGAAAGGAAUUCCUCUUCCCCAGGUAAUAAUCAGGACCUAAAAGUUGGAUCUGGUCACAAAGGGGCAUCUAAAACUGAAGCUGACAAAGGCAAGCAGCAGAUCUCAAACACAACCCCAGCAAGGAGAAGAUCAUAUAAAAAGAAUCAGUCAGAUGCUGUUCCCAUUUCCCCUACUGGUUUGAAGGGUCAGGUAAAAGAUAACUCCUCAAAAAGGCAACCUUUACCAUCACCGGAGAGUAACCCAAUGACAAAAAGAACUUCAGUGGAAAAGGGAACUAUACCCGUGGCUUUUGGGGAAGACAGCUUGGAGUCUCCCAAAGUUUCUUUGUCUGAUAAGACAGAAGACACUGCUUUGGUGUUUGCUGAAAGCAAGAAUGAGACCAAGGCAGUAAAACCUGGUAAUGGUUCUGAUGGAAGAGCUUUCUUGCGUCCUGAUGGGAUUAAAAAUGGAGACUUGUGUACGUCAGCUGAGAGACAGACAAAUUCUGAUUUAGACAGCUCAAAGCUGAAGAGUUUGGAUGCUUCCAGAACAGUCAUGACAAAGAUUAGCCUUCCAGCCAAACCGAAGAGUGUAGAGCUGAAUUUUAAAGCAUCUAUGAAUCAAGACAGUUUAGAAAGUGAGCAGGAUACUCUUGAAAAACCAGUUAAUAGAACUAACAGCAACAUCGCCAACAAAAUUUCCUUGUUUGAAAAUAAAUGCGCUAGCCAGAAACCUACUGACAUCCCUGCUUCAAAAAGUAGUACUGUACCAAGCACAUUUGUGGGCAGAGCGAAGCUAAAAUUUGGAAAACAACCGAAGGAAAGUGAACAGCCUGAUAAAACGUUAAAUAAGCAAAGCAGUCGCCAGAAGUUAUUUGAGAAUGGCAUACCAGAGAAAGAAAGCACUGCAGAAUUAAAAGGCAAAAAUGAAGAAGGCUCUGCUUCUCAUGGGGAUGUUGGGAAGACCACAGAACUCAAAGUAAAAGCUGCAAUAUCCCUUUUUAACCAAAACAGCAAAAUUGAUGCUGGUAGUGUCUCUGUGAAGCAACCUGAUCCAGAAUUAACCACGGCUAAAAAAGAAAGUUUACCUUUUAAACUGUCGUUGCACUCGCCUACUAAAAGUGAAAAUGCUCAAGAUACUUCCCACCAAAGAAACAACACAAGCUCAGAAUUCCAUGGAAAUGAAGAAAAGAUACUGCCAAACACAGAAGUUUUAUCAGCUUGCACUGAUGAUAAAUAUCCUCUACCAUCUCAUCAGGUUUCUAGGUCAGCAUUUAGGAAGAUUGAAAAUGGAGAUAAAAAGGCAAAGCCAGGAGAUUUGAGCCUCGCAGAACUGCAAUGUGAUGACAGCAGUCAAGACAGUAUAUUGAUAUCAGAGCACAACACCAAUAUACCAAAGAGUCCGGGCCAAACUUGUAAUGGAUCUGCUGAAGACGAUAGCGUUUUUGAUUCCCCAUCUGACAUGAAGAAGUUUGCAGAAACAAUAAAAAACUUGGACAGCUCGGUUUGUUUACCCCAGAAAAAGAAAAGGUCAAAGCUUCCCAAGUCCCCAGCACCCCACUUCGCAAUGCCUCCCAUUCAUGAAGACAACUUAGAGAAAGUAUUUGAUCCUAAUGUUUUUACUUUUGGUUUGGGAAUGAGGAGGGAAAAAGCACAGGAUUUGUUACCGACCCAACAAAUGAAAAUGCAAAGCCUGGAAACGAUAGCCAGAGUCAGGCCCAAGCGUGCAUCAGCAGAGCAAAGCAUCAUAUUCAAAGCCCUGCAGUCAUGUAGUAGAGAGGAACCUGCCUUCCCUCAGGAAAUAAAUGGAAAGGAGAACGGUGAUGGUGUAGAUGGUGAAAUUAAGAGAUCCCGGCUUGAAAAAAGCUCCCUCUUCUCAAGCUUGCUGGCUAAAGAAAAGUUUUUAAAUCCUUCUGUCACUUCAGUAAAUAACACUGCAACAGGUUUUACAGCUGACUCCUCAGGGAUGCCUCCUCUACCACAAGAUGCUUCUGGGCCAUUCAGCAUGUCUCAAAAGUCUGAGUCUCUUUCAGAUAUGAAGUUUCCAAGUUUUGUGGAGAAGUACCUGCAAGGAGAUGGUGUGAAAAAAGAACUAAGCUUACAAAUGCCCAACUAUGGGAACCCUGAGAAAGGUUUCUCCAGCUGGUUAGGGCCAAACAGAUAUGAAGCAAAUGUCCCUGCUGGUUUAUUAGAUGUGGAUGCACUUUCAAGAAAUGGACAAAGUAAAAUCAAUCCCCGACCUGGCAAGCUGGUGAUAUACUGUGAGUCAGGCUAUCAGAAAGAUGGUAUUGAAGUUUUCCAUGAUGUUCUGGAUUGCAGUUCAUGGGUUCUGUCACCAACAAUUUUAGUUAAAGUAAUCAGAGGAUGCUGGAUACUCUAUGAGAAACCAAAUUUUGAAGGCCCCUCUAUUCCCUUGGAAGAAGGAGAGCUGGAACUCCCAGAUAUUUGGGGUGCAGGUACUUCUGAAGAGCAAAAUGAAUGCAAAUCCCUAAAGCCUGCAGUGAUUGGUUCAAUAAGACAUGUUGUUAAGGAUUACAGGGUUUGCCGAAUUGAUUUGUAUACAGAACCUGAAGGGUUAGGAAUCGUGACUUCCUUUUUUGACGACACUGAAGAAAUUGGGGUGUUUGGCACCACUCAGAAGACUUGUUCUAUCAAAGUACACUGGGGCAUAUGGCUAAUUUAUGAAGAACCUGGUUUCCAGGGAGUCCCUUUAAUGUUGGAGCCUGGUGAAUAUCCUAAUUUAUCAUUCUGGGAGAAGAAGGAAGCCUAUAUCAGGUCUAUGAGGCCCUUGAAAAUGGGUGGCCGCAAAGUUGAAUUUGGUCGAGAGCCAAAGAUAAUCAUUUAUGAGAAGCCUUUGUUUGAAGGGAGACAUGUGGAAAUAGAAUCUGAAAUCUUUAUGCUCGAUGACAAGGAAUCCGAAGAAAAGACAAGACUUCCACUUAAAUCAGUGGGGUCCAUGAAAGUACUGGGAGGAGUUUGGGUUGCUUACGAGAAGCCUGGGUUUGAAGGCCAUCAGUACCUGCUGGAAGAAGGAGCAUAUCGGGACUGGACAGACUGGGGUGGCUAUGAUGAAGAGUUGCAGUCACUGCGACCAAUUAUUGGUGACUUCACAAGCUCCCAUAUGAUAAUGUACAGUGAAAAAGACUUUGGAUCAAAGGGUUCCAGUAUUAAUGUAUUAGGAAUUAUUUCCAAUUUGAAGGACACUGGAUAUGGGCUGAGGACACAGUCUAUAAAUGUGCUAAGUGGCGUGUGGGUGGCUUAUGAGAAUCCUGAGUUUACAGGGGAGCAGUAUAUACUGGCUAAAGGGCUAUAUCCCAGCAUUGAGGCAUGGGGAGGAAAGAAUUGCAAAAUAUCUUCAGUUCAACCCAUCGUUAUGGAUAUUGUUGGAAGCGAAAGGGGUAAAGUCAAGGUCCAGUUAUUUUCAGAGCCUGAAUUCAAGGGUAACUGCCAAAUAUUUGAAAAAAACACAAGAUGUAUUGAUUCAUUUGCUGUGAAGUCUUCAAAAGUUUCAGAUGGCAGCUGCAUAGUGUAUGACCAGGAAGAAUUCGCCGGUAACCAGUAUGUGUUAGAAGAAGGAAUCUAUCCUGAUCUGACAGCGAUGGGUUGUUCACCCCAGACAGUUCUAAAAUCGUUACAGAUUAUAAAUAUUGAGCUGUCUGAGCCACGCAUAGCUCUUUUUGAAAAGAUGGGUUUCCAAGGAAAGAAGAUGGAAUUCAGUGCAGAAAUCUUAAAUCUCCAGUUCCUGGGAUACAAUCCUCAAAUAGCUUCAGUUCAAGUCCUUGGUGGCAUAUGGGUAAUCUAUGAGCACAGUAAUUACAGGGGGCGUCAGAUGUUGUUAUCACCAAAUGACAUUCCAGAUUGGUAUAAAGUGAGUGGCUGUUGCCAGAUAGGUUCUCUGAGACCUUUGCUGCAGAAACGUGUGUACUUCAGGCUUCGAAACAAGGAAACAGGAAAAUUCAUGUCAGCUGAUGGAAACUUAGACAAUCUGAAUCUUCUCAGAAUACAGGCUGCAGAAGAUACAGACUCAGAUGAUCAGAUCUGGGUUUAUCAGGAUGGAUUCAUAAGGUGCCAGAUGGCAGAGGAUUGCUGCCUGACAAUUGUUGGAAAUCUUAUAACUCCUGGCUCUAAACUCGGUCUGUCAUUUGAGCGAAACGAAGACAAACAAUACUGGCGUAUUAGUCCAGAUGGCAGGAUUUAUAGCAAGAUGAAACCCAAGCUGGUUUUAGAUAUCAAAGGGGGCACACAGUAUGAUCGCGACCACGUCGUUGUCAACACAGUCAACGAAGAAAAGUUAACGCAGUGUUGGGAACCACUUGUUGUAUAAACCCAAACAAGCAAAGGUGACGUUUGAAUUGGCCACUGUUCGGGACACGAGAAUCGGCGCUGCUGUCUCUGAAGGACACAGGAUUGACAAUGAGAGUUUUGUCUUUUCUUUGCAAUUUUAAAAAGAACAAGCAACAGAUUGAGUUCAUCUCUCUAAGAUUAUUAUCCCUAUAAAAAUUGUCACAAUGCAAUGUGAGAGAGUGAGUGGUAGUAUGCCCUAAGUGGAAGAACUAAAGGUGGGACAGAUCCCGUGGAGAGACAGUUGUCAGUGAGUAGUUAAUCCAGAACAGUCAAUAAACAUAAUUUAAAAUUAUUUUUUAAAGUUAUUUUUAACUGAGAGAAGGGCUAAAAAAUAAUUAAAGCUUAUUUUAUAAAGGACAGGAGUGCAAUGUGUAUGUGGGUAUAGCAACCUUGACCUAUGGGCUGUAGUACAGAGAAAUAUUUACUACUGGAAAGUAAUAUAUUUGUUUCACUGGAGCAAACUUAUGUUUACUGAAAGUUUAAAGACUGCUAGCACACAGCACAUCCAAAGAGUUUUUAACAUGUGGCUUCAAAUAUAGUUAGUAUGCUAAUAUAGUAAGUCCUAAAUUAAGAAAAAAAUAUGGAUUUUCUCAUUUAGAGGGAUGAUGUAAAUUAGUAGGUUUGUUAGAAAAAGAGAGGGCUGGCCAAAGGAUACAUCAGAAUGUGAAGAACUUGCCCAUUUUCUAGGCUGCCUAACUUUUUGAAAUACAGGUAUUUUCUUUGCCAAGUCAAGUUUUUACCUUCUAGAACAGUUCCAGUAAGUACAGUCUUCCUGAAGUCCAAAAUCAUAUAGAAAACAAGAAUUCUUAGUUUUCACAGCCAUGGGGAGUGCUGGACUGCCAGCUCUUUCUGGUGAUGGUGGAGAGCAAUGUCUGCGGUGGGUGGCUGGCUCCCAGGUGCUGCUGGGAAGGUGUCAGAUUGCUCCAAGCCUGGUCAUGGGUCCAUUCGUAAGGGCUGUGCCGAUUCACAGUAAGGUUUACUGGUUUAGUACAGAGUUCAUGACAAGUAAAACAUACUGGUGAUUGCAGGAGGUUCUUCGGUUGCCCGGCUCUUAACCCAGUUUUGCUCAUUUUCCUUAAUAACAUUGGCAAAAAGGUAAAAUACAAAGUCGUGCACUAUGCUGCUGUGUUUUGUUCUGGCUUAGACCAGUGUUACUACAAGCUGCUCCUAGGAGCGUCCAGGCCUUUGUCUUGCAUAGUAAGUCUGUUUAAAGUUAAUAUUUUCAUUACUAUUGUAUUGCCUCAAAGGAUACUGGUGCUUUUAUUAUUAUCACCCUAGAGGAAGUGCCUUACUAAUUUUCCUCCUUUUGUACAGAUGUACUGAAGUUUUGUUGCUCUGAAAUGUGCUGCUUUUAGUUCUUCAUAGAAAAUGUGUUGUUAUUGGUUCCAAACAGUGGUACUUUGUCAUAUUGAUGUGCUCUUGCUAUAUAUAAUAUAGCAUUUUACAAAUAAAUAUAAGUUAGGUUAA